AUGGUUGAAAUCGAAACUCAAAAUUUUCUUCGUGAACUCGAUUCAUUUGGUUUACCUCCACCGCCACAAAAACUUUUCUCAAAUAACUACUCGAAGGCAUUCAGUAGGGAAUUCGAAAAUAAAUUGCACCAUAUCAAUGUCGAGAAACAAAUGCGCAAAGACAUCGAUCACAGCUAUGUUGCAAUCAUUCGGAAAAAAACUGUCUGA